UUCCGGACGGACAUAUUUCAGGGUAACACUACACGACCGUCAUUAGAGUUCACUCGGUGAAGCCGGCGGUGAACAUGUUGUCCCACCGGAUGCUCCUGGGAGCGAUGCGGUGGCAUCUCCGCAGCCGUGCAGCCAGGACGCUGCGGCGCCAGAGCCGAGGCUGCGUGUACACCAGCGCCCACGGCUUCCAGCGGCAGGAGGUCCAGAGGAAGCUGCAGGCCUUCCCCGGAGGCUCCGUGGACCUGGUCCAGCAGCCGUCUGGCAUCGCCGUGCUGACCAUCAACUACCCGGCCCACAGGAACGCCUUCUCUGGCAGCAUGAUGGUGGAGCUGGAGGAGAGGGUGAGCCAGCUGGAGCGCUGGGCGGACGGGAAAGGCCUCAUCGUUCAGGGCGCCGCUGGAACGUUCUGCUCGGGAUCGGACCUCAACGCCGUCAGAGCGCUAUCCAACACGCAGGACGGGCUCCAGAUGUGCAUGUUCAUGCAGAACAGCCUGACCCGGCUCCUCAGGCUGCCGCUGAUCUCCGUGGCUCUGGUGGAGGGCAGGGCGCUGGGGGGAGGAGCCGAGCUCACCACCGCCUGUGACUUCAGGUUAAUGGCACCUGGCAGCGUGAUCCAGUUCGUCCACAAACACAUGGGCCUGGUGCCGGGCUGGGGCGGCGCCGCUCGGCUCUGCCGCAUCGUCGGCAGCCAGAACGCCCUGAAGCUGCUUGGCGGCGCUCUGAAGGUCGAUCCCGAACUCGGCCUGGAGAUCGGCCUGGCGGACGGCGUGCUGGAGGCAGGGGACGCUGCCGGGGUCCUCCAGCGGGCCGAACGCUGGCUCGGCCGCUACACGGAGGGAGCCGCCCCGGUGAUCCGGGCUGUGAAGCAGGUGGUGUUGUCGGGCAGAGAGCUGCCUCCGUCAGAGGCUCUGAGGACCGAGAGGGAUCUCCUGGGGACGCUGUGGGGCGGCCCGGCCAACCGGCAGGCUCUGGCCAGCAGGGCCAAACACCGAUGAGCUGCUGAGGCUCCUGAGGCUCCUGGAGUCAGCAGAGCAACGUAUGAGAGAACAGACGCCAACAAUGAACUAUGUGGGGCGGCGCUGAGACCACACCCACAUAGACUAUAGACCACACCCACACACACUAUAGACCACACCCACAGACUAUAGACCACACCCACAGACUAUAGACCACACACACAGACUAUAGACCACACCCACACAGACUAUAGACCACACCCACACACACUAUAGACCACACCCACAGACUAUAGACCACACCCACAGACUAUAGACCACCCACACAGACUAUAGACCACACCCACAGACUAUAGACCACCCACACAGACUAUAGACCACACCCACACACACACUAUAGACCACAUCCAGACUAUAGACUACACCCACAGACUAUAGACCACACCCACACAGACUAUAGACCACACCCACAGACUAUAGACCACACACACACAGACUAUAGACCACACCCACUAUAGACCACACGUACUAUAGACCACACCCACAUAUACUAUAGACCACACCCACAGACUAUAGACCACACUCAUAUACUAUAGACAUCGAGAUUCAAACAGCACUUCAGUGGCUCUUGCAUGUCUUACUCAUAUUACUUGUGGAUCUAUGGUAUUGUUCCCUGGAGGACGUUCCUAGAGGACGUUCCCUGGCCAGACCCCCUGCUGUGGUCAGAGGCCCUCGUGAUGGCGGUCUGGUGGUCCGGGCUCUGGGGGCCUCGAUCAGUCUCGUGUUGGAUGCUUUGUGAUAUUAAAUACUUCAUUUCUUUUUUCCCUCCCCUUUAUAAAUAUGUUGAGGUGGUGCUCUUAUGGAACACUCAAUGUUUGUUUAAAUAAAGAUUAAAACCUGAGCGCACGCUCAGAAAAGAACAACCA